AACAAAACAACAACAGCACUCUUACUUAGGCUUGAUCAACACUUUAUUUGCCACUCCGGUCUCUCACCUUCAUGAAUUAUCGUUCUGGCUGAUAGUUCGACACUUCGCUCACUCAUAAUAUGUGCGGCUACGGUCAGAUGCAACCAUUUCAUCCCCGGGCCAGCAGUCCGCCCCCAAGAAACACUUUGCCUUUCGACCAAUACAGAUGCGGUAUGAUACGUGGUGUAGGCGGCCCGCCAUACAUACCAUUGAGAGGCGAUCAACAGCCUGAUAAAGAAGACCUCGCAGAUGCAGUAGAUAAGGGCAAAAUUUGCGACAGUAAAGACAUGUAUUUUGUUCCGCAUGAUACAAUCCCAGAUAGUUCUUUUUGGUCAGACGAAAAGCCGCUUCAGUAUGGUACAGCGGGCGACCAAGGAAAGACGAAGAGAGCACGCGAAGCUUUCGCGGUGAACGUCUUGCAUACUUACAAUGUGUCAGAAGACGAGUGGCAUGUAAGUGAGGUGCGUGUCAAUAGCACGGUUAUUCAGGUAGCUCUUGAGAAGGUCCUCGAGGGAUACCCGGGCCUUACUCAGCAUGAGCUGAAGACAUUUCCGUCGCCAUUUCGACCGUUCUUCCAUCGAUGGCAGUCCUUGAUCAGCCUUAUUCAGGAUGCCGAUCCUUCAUCUGAAGCAGGAAACCAUUUGCAGCUGCUUAAGUCUGUUCUCGAACCAUUGCUGGAGAAGUCCUUCGAUGCCGCCCGAGAAGUCGAGAAAACCGGCCACGUCUCGUUCGCGAAUCUGCCACUAGUCUACAUUCCCGGCACGGCUGUAAUGCGUCAUGAAUCUCAUGCUGUUGGCAUCUUCCGCAGUUGUCAUCUUAUACGACCUAUGUGCCGGCCCGUGUACUACGCGAUCGUGGUCGAUGUUGUAGAUUGGGAUGGCAGGCGAUGCGGCCUGCUUGCCCAGGAAUGGCAAGUGGAAGACUUUUCUGGGCUCCACGCACUCACGGCGCUUGAAGUUUCGCCUCUUGAAGGCCUUCCUGCGGAAUACGAAAUCCGUGAAAAGGUCGUCAGGCGUGGUCGUACGUUUGAGAAACUACGCGGACACUUCUUCAUGGCCUUCACAGAUGAGCACUUGGAGCGCACCAACGAGCGCAUGGUCAUCGACGCGAGAGCGUAUCACAAAUAUGAGGCUGCCUUCCCCAAUUACGCUAGUCUUUCUGAGAUUGGCCAGCUCACUUGGGCUCAAUCUAUGAACCGCUACUCGCCUAGCGUACCGAUUACCCCAGGCGCCCCUAUCAAAGUGGAUCUGUCGCCAAUGACUGACGAGCAAUGUCUCUUGGCCGUGUCUACCGUCAAAUGCUUCAAUAUCCAGAAGAAGCGUUGGGAAAUGCUCGAUGUGACGAGAAUCCAUGAGAUCGCGUGGGCUCAGCACGCGUUCGACAACCUAGUUCUCGACCAAGAAGAAAAGAAUUUGCUGUUGGCCGUGGUAGACCGCGACCAGUUCAAUCAAAGCAAACCAUUCGAUGAUUUCAUCAGCGGCAAGGGCCAAGGAAUGAUCAUGUUAUUAUGUGGCCCGCCAGGGGUCGGUAAGACACUCACUGCCGAAACGGUCUCGGAGCACUUACGUCGGCCACUUUACAAGCUCGGUGCUGGUGACCUGGGGAUCAACGCAAAAUUGGUCGAGGAGUGUCUUGAAAGAGCCCUCCAGCUAUGUGCUCAUUUUGGAGCCGUGCUGCUCAUCGAUGAGGCAGACGUCUUCAUGGAGGCCCGAACUUCAAACAACCUCCAACGAAAUGAGCUGGUCUCCGUAUUCCUCCGUCUCCUUGAGUAUUACAACGGCAUCAUGAUCUUGACCACGAAUCGCAUGCGCAGUAUCGACCCCGCCUUCGAGUCCCGUAUCGAUAUCACCCUCAGCUUCAAUUCUCUUUCAGACGCCGAUCGAAAACAAGUCUGGCGGAACUUCCUAGCUACUUUGGAUGCAAAGGACUUCGACAUUGACGACGCAGAUCUCGUCAAACUAGCACAGUGGAAAUUCAACGGUCGACAGAUCAAGAGUGCAAUCAAGACGGCCCGCAUUCUGGCAGCAAAGAAGCGAGAACCGCUAAACAUUCGACACCUCGACAUCGUGCUGAAGCUCCGUGAUAAGGCCUUGGGCAUGAUGAGCGGUGGCGUGGAGGCUGGGAACUUCGUGGAGAACACACGGUCACGAAUGGAGAGUAGUGAAUGACACAAUCCCCUCAGAUGAGAAAGUCGAUCUGGAGAUAAGAUAAGGAGAUGCUCCCGUGGCAGAAGUGGAUAGUUUGAGUCUAUAGUCCGCGCCUUCUUGUUUCGAGGCUGGUCAUUCCUCAAGAAGAAGAAAGGUUUUAUAAGAUCCCGUAGUAGUAUUUUAUGUGGUCUGGAUAGCAGGUUGACUUUUACGGCCUCAGGCUUGACAAAAUAUGACAAUUUCAAC